UAUUUUCCAAAUUAUUAUAAAAAGGAAUCACAUCUAGCUAGGGAUCGAGACAUAUAUAGCAUACAAGUUUAUAGAAUUCCAUAACUAGUAAGAAAAACAUACAUAAUAUAUUAUUAUAUCAAAAGGAUUUUAAGUGUAGAGAGUAUAUUAUAGUAAUUGAGAUAUGGGGAGGGGAAGGGUGCAGUUGAAGAGAAUUGAAAACAAGAUCAACAGGCAAGUAACUUUUUCUAAGAGAAGAUCUGGAUUACUCAAGAAAGCUCAUGAGAUCUCUGUGCUUUGUGAUGCUGAAGUUGCUCUUAUAGUUUUCUCCAACAAAGGAAAGCUCUAUGAGUAUUCAAGCGAUCCAUGUAUGGAAAGAAUUCUGGAACGGUAUGAAAGAUAUUCAUAUGCAGAGAGGCAGCUUGUUGCAACUGAUCAACCACAAAAUGAAAAUUGGAUUAUAGAACAUGCAAAGCUGAAGGCAAGGUUGGAAAUCAUACAGAGAAAUCAAAGGAAUUUUAUGGGUGAAGAACUUGAUGGCCUAAGUAUCAAAGAGCUUCAGAAUUUGGAGCAUCAGCUUGAUUCUGCUCUCAAACAAAUUAGAUCGCGGAAGAACCAACUCAUGUAUGAAUCCAUUUCAGAGCUCCACAAAAAGGAUAAGGCCCUCCAAGAAAAAAACAACUUGCUCGUAAAAAAGAUAAAGGAGAAAGAGAAAGAAUUGGCCCAACUUGAGCAGCAGUAUGAUGCUAUCGAUCUAACCUCCACUGUACUGGCAUCUCAACCAUUGGAGACAUUGAACAUUGGAGGUUCCCCUCAAGGUAGAGGUGAUGGAGAAGAUAACGAAGGAAAUCAAACACGAGUCAACACCCUUUUUCCACCUUGGAUGCUUCGUCCUGUAAAUGAGUAGAUGAUUUAUGUAUAACAAAUACAACAUUUCAUAUGUUUAAAAUGAAUGAUGUGUGGAUAGCUAAAAAUUAACUACUAACAAUCUGCUAUAAAAACAGAGCAUGGCAAGCUAUAUAGUCUAUUAUAUAUACUACAUUUCACGGGAAGAUUAUAAUAUAUAUAAUAUUUCAUAUUAACAA